GCCCUGAGCCCCCUCCUCAAUGAGUAUUACUCCUACGUGGGCUCGCAGACGUACCCUCCCUGCUAUCUUGGAGUGCAGUGGAUGAUCUCAAAAUCAGUGAUCACGCUGUCAACCUCAGCGAUACAAGGCUUCAAGAUGCGUCAGGGCGCCAACGUUCGCCCCUACUUCAUGCUCGGACAGCGA